ACCUGCCCGACCGGUUUCAACCACUCAGGGCAGUACCAUCAGAAGAGACAGACGCAGCAGGACAACUGUGGAAUUCUCAAGUUCAGAGGUUCAGACUGAGAAGCUAGGCCUACUGGCAGCACCAUGUCAGCAGCGGUGACGGUUAUUCAGCAGCAGCCUUUGAUGUCAGGCUCCAACGUGUGGUCCACCGGCCUGUGUGACAUCUUCGAUGACAUGGAGAUAUUCUGCUGUGCUGUUUGGUGCUACCCUUGCUUGUUCUGCAGGACUCUCAAGGAAUUCGAUGAAAAUAAUUGUCUAUGUUGCAUUGAUGGUGGGGCUCCCUCCCCUGUCCACCUGGCCCUGCGCUACGGAGUCAGAAAGCAGUACGGCAUACAGGGCACCCUCUGCAGUGACUGGUGCAAGGUGCUCUUCUGCAACGAGUGCUCUAUGUGCCAGGUGGCCCGUGAGAUCAAGCGCCGCAAAGGCCAACAGGCAACUAUUGUGGUCAACGUCCAACCUGCUGCAGUACCAAUGCAGAGUACAGCAUAUCCAGGACAUCCAGGAGCUCAACACACGCACUAAAGCAGUGGGUGGUUCCCAGCCUUUUCAGCGGGGACCUCUUUUUGAGCUUAAUGAUA